GGAUGCUCGUCAUAAGCAGAGGCACAGUCCAAAUGUAACCGCGAAGGAAGCUUGGCAUUUGAGACAAGGCAUUGGUGUUGCAGAUCACCGCGGAGCCCCAACCUCUAUUCUACAAACAGAGAAGGAUUCAUAUACACGCAGAUCUCUGGCCUGACCGGUAUGCAUUGCAGCGUCAGAGUCACUUGGUUCUGUGAUAUCUACAGCUUUCGACCUCCACUUGAUCCUCUCGACACGUCCUCACCACAAGGCUUGCUGCUACAUUUCGACAACCACCGACUUUUCUUCUAUACUUUGAAAACCGGCAGUCACUCUCGCCAUCAUGGACGGCUCAUACAGCGAUGCACAAAUGCUCUGGCCAGUGUCAGGACAACCUCUCAACUGCUCAGGCAUCCUUGGUACUCCUAUCGUCGCCAACGCAACUGGCACCCGCGUCUGCGGUGUCCAAACGAACCGCACUAUAGCUGAACGCUGCUGCGGCUCUGCCACGAUUCAAGAAUACCAAUGCUGGCUUUAUUGUGAAACGACAGACUCAAUGAGCGAUUGGACACGCUGUGCGAACGAAGGCGUCGAGACCGGAUAUGGAUGGGGUCCUUUCUGUCAAGGAGACUUGAUGUCCAAUAACACUGAGACUCUCAGCUCCUCCGCUUUCCGCUCAUCGAUGCCACGAUACAGCUGGAUAAUCUCCGCCUUGCUAUUCGCGUUCGUUUUCAUUGGACCCACGCAAGCGACUAUUGUUCACUCUCUAAGAGAUCUGGAGGAUGCUGCAAGUGAAGCACUAGUCAAGCGCCAGAGUGGCAACUCCGGCUGCUCUCUUGACAUUGACCGGACCUACUCGUCACUUGUGCACGGAAGCAAGAAAGUCAGCGACAAUUACGACUGCACUAACUCGGGUGGUAACUUCUGCACUUUUGAUCUUCAAGUCCAGACUCCCUUGAGCGAGAACAAUCGCACUUUCAAUGGAAGCUCUGCUGCAGAAACCAUGUACGACGGUUUCUUCGACGUUCUCAGCAAUGCAACAGAAGGACGCAAAUUCCCCGCGAUGAGCUCCACAAACCUCACUAGAGGCGUGGCCGUCUCGACAGGGCAGAUGUUCUUCUUGGGUUGGACGCCGAUCUCGUUUUGUGCCAAUGGCACUACAAUGGGCUGCAGCGAUACGCUGGAAGGAGCAGAAGAUGGAUCGUACUUUGAGGCUUGUGGACCAACAUACGUGGACAAUGGAGACGAGAACUCGUCGAUCCAAGGUCUCUUGAAUCCUGUUAUCGUUGGGUGAAAGGUUGUUCGGAGGCGAUCGAGUGGGGUGGAGAGACAGAAGAGCCGGUAGCAUGCACUGUGCGAGGCACCAUAUUUGAGGCAUGAGUGACACCUGCCUUUUGUUUGCGUAGCAUGGAAUUAGUAAGCGACCAGGCACCAGGUACGACAACGCGCGAAGAUACAAGAACGCGGCCUUACGCGCCCGUACACGGUGCACGUCGUCGAUCGUCGUUGCAAAUUCAAUAGCUCCCCGCAACGACUACUCCAUAAACAUCAACCUCGGCU